AGGAGCGGGAGAGGAGGGAAGCUGGGUCUGGCUGCUGGAGCCGGGCGGAAACCCAGAGCCGCCGCCGCCGCCAGCAGGAAGUCUGAGCGGGGGCGCCGCCGCACGAAGAGCGGGUGGGAAGAGGCAGCAGCGGCGGCAGAAGAGAAAGCAAAAGCUCCCCGUGCCGCUGGCCGCCCGCCCGCCCGCCCGCCUGCCCCGGGCUCAGCAUCUCCGGCUCCUGCCCGGGCGGGAAAGCUGCGCCGCCGCGGCCAUGGCCCGGGAGAACGGGGAGGGCAGCGCCUCCUGGAAGAAGCCAGCCGAGGACAUCAAGAAGAUCUUCGAGUUCAAGGAGACCCUGGGAACGGGUGCGUUUUCUGAAGUAGUUUUGGCCAAAGAGAGGGCUAGUGGAAAACUAUUUGCAGUCAAGUGCAUCCCCAAGAAAGCACUGAAGGGGAAGGAAAGCAGCAUAGAGAAUGAAAUUGCAGUCCUGAGAAAAAUAAAACAUGAAAAUAUAGUUGCACUGGAAGACAUAUAUGAGAGUCCAAACCACUUGUACCUGGUCAUGCAACUUGUGUCUGGAGGCGAGCUUUUCGACCGCAUAGUAGAGAAAGGAUUUUACACUGAGAAGGAUGCAAGCACUCUGAUACGGCAGGUCCUGGAUGCUGUCUACUACCUGCACAGAAUGGGCAUUGUGCAUCGAGAUCUCAAGCCUGAGAACCUGCUGUACUACAGCCAGGAUGAAGAAUCCAAAAUCAUGAUCAGUGACUUCGGAUUGUCAAAGAUGGAGGAUAAAGGAGAUGUCAUGUCCACAGCAUGUGGAACCCCGGGAUACGUUGCUCCUGAAGUGCUGGCCCAGAAACCCUAUAGCAAAGCGGUGGAUUGUUGGUCUAUUGGGGUAAUCGCAUACAUUUUGCUCUGUGGAUAUCCUCCAUUUUAUGAUGAAAAUGACUCCAAGCUCUUUGAGCAGAUUCUUAAGGCGGAAUAUGAAUUUGACUCUCCAUAUUGGGAUGACAUCUCAGAGUCUGCUAAAGAUUUUAUUCGGAACUUGAUGGAGAAAGACCCUAACAAAAGAUAUACCUGUGAGCAAGCAGCCCGGCACCCAUGGAUUGCAGGGGACACAGCCCUCAGCAAAAAUAUCCAUGAGUCCGUCAGUGCUCAGAUCCGAAAGAACUUUGCAAAAAGCAAAUGGAGACAAGCAUUUAAUGCCACAGCAGUUGUGAGACAUAUGAGAAAGUUACAUCUUGGCAGUAGCUUGGACAGUUCAAAUGCAAGCGUGGCAAGCACCCUCAGCCUGGCCAAUCCGCUUCCCGAUGGAACAACCAGGAAGGAUUGUAAGUAUGUCCCCAUCUUCUCUCUGUAGUUUUGUUUCUUCUACUUCUUCGGGUAUUUCUGCAGUAGGAGGAGAACGGAGACCCAGGCCAACCACAGUAACAACAGUGCACACGGGGAGCAAGUGAUCAGCGGAGGAGGAUGGAGAUGGGGAAGCCAUCGGGUUGAGCGUACCUAGUCCGAGUGAUUUCAUCCUGCAUUGUGCACUCGGCGAAAGACUAGAAGAGAGAAGAUUUUUUAUGGCCAUAUUUUAUACUGCAAUUCUGAAAUGUUUCAUUUAGCACAAACUGCAAUGACUCCAGGGGGAACGGAUUUAACAGUCUCUGGUGCUGUAUAUAUGAGUCUAGCAAUGUUCUAAGUAACAGACGCGUGUUCUUUUUCCUGGUGAUUUACUCUCUUCUCAGUGUAGGUAACAGUCUAUGUUGUAUUUUUUUCCAUUAACUAAAUGGCUGGAUUAUUUAAAUAGAGAUAAUUUUUGAGAAAUAGACUUUUUUUUUCUUUUAGCAAUUACUUCCAGUUGCAUCCCUCCUUCCAGUUUGCUGAGGGAUAGGUUACUUCUGUAGGUAGAGAUUUGCAUUGACCUUACAAAACAGGAGGGUUUCAAAGGCAUGCAUGCCAUAUUUAAUUCCUAAAAUUGGACUGUAAACCUGUCCAGAUCUAAGAGUGCCAUUACACUGAAACAAUCUGCUUUCCCUCUCUUCCUCCUUCUUGGAAACAAUGGUUCAAGCCCUUAGUUCAGCAAGCAUGUGAAAAAUGAUAUAAUGCCUCAUCCUGCAGCUCUUAUUCCUUUGCUAAACCCCUUGGGGUCCAUCAGGGAGGCCACAAAACUAAGAGUCAGGAGAGCCUGGGUUCUAUACCCAUCUCUGCCACUGACUCACUGCUUGAGCUUUAGGCAAGUCACUGCCCAACGUCAAAAAUUUCAAAUGUGGCUUCUGAUUUUGAGUACCUCCAGAUUGGGGCCUGCUAAUUGAGAGCUGGUGAGCACUGCAACCCACUGACUUCAGCUGAAGUUAUUGGUGGCUCAGCACCAGGCCCCAGGUGCCCCAAGCUGGGCACCAAAAAUCAGAAAGCAUUUUUGAAAGUUUUGGCCUUUAAAAAAAAAAUGUUGUGUCUCAGUUUCCCCAUCUGUAAAGUGGAGAUAAUGAUAUGCACUGCAAUGUGGACGCAGCCAGCCUUUCACUGUGGCCUGUAAGCUACCUGUACCCUGUACACCACCGCAAGCAUAGAAAAGGCCAAAAACAGGGACACUGUCUCUGCUUUAUCAUAAAUGUUUUAAAUAUCCUGGAACAGAAGAGAAGGCAGUGUUCAGAGCUCACCGCACUUAGGAACCUUGUGAGACGUAUCCAGAUCUCACAAGUCAUUCCCAGCUUUGAUUUUUCUUCUGGGAGGAGAAAAGGUAGAAGGGGAGUUCAUGGGAAUCAGGCACAUUUAAGCUAUUUCUAGCUCCCUAUACCCCAAAUACAUCCAUCUCCACAGGGAGGCAGGAAUAAUUUUUCCUUAAACUAUUCUGUUGCCACAUCCAUGUCAGCUAUUUUCUGUAAAGAAUUAGAUAAACCAGUCACAGACACAUGACAGAUGUGGUAUAACUCCACUGACUCAAAAUCGAUUUCUUUCAUAUAUUUACACAGACACAUCUGAACAUGCCGUAGUGAACAUGCUACGAAAAGUCAUGAUGUUUACUUUUCAUUGAAAUUUCAAAGAUGUAAGGGGAAAUCCUGCCCCAUUGAAGUCAGUGGGAGUUUGGCCAUUAACUUCAGAGAAGCCAGGAUUUCAAGAAAUCCAGGUGGCACGUAGUGCUAGCUCUUUACAACGAUGUCAUUGCAAUAGCCACUCAUAAAGAUAUUACAUAUAAUAGAUCUCAGUUGAGUCAGUACUAAUCUGUGCACCAUUUUCAGUCUGGAGAUUUGGAGUAUAAUUUAACCAGUUUCCUCCAGAAAUUCCCAACAACCCCAUAUCAUAUUGUGCCUAGCACAGACAUUCAAACUAUAAUGAUUUAAUGUGAACUCCAUAAAACACUAGUGUGCAUCUGACUUUCCACUGUGGAUAUCUGACCCUCCAAUAUAUCACCUUGUAAAACCUCAUAGAUACGUCCAGUUUCUGACAUAAUGGGCCAGAUCCCCAGCUAAUGUAAAGUGGAGUCGUUCCAUUGAAGUCAAUUGAACUACUCUGAUUUUCACCAGCUGCGGUUCUGGACCAACAUGUGAUCGUGACAUACCAGAGCACUGAUAUGCAUGCUCAGUUUUUAGUAGAGUAAUUUCUCUUCAAAGAGGUUAUUUGGCUCCAUUCUCAAAGCAAAAUCAAAAAUCCACAGCCAUUAGUUUCUAAGAAACACGUUAAAAAUGCCUGAUAUUGGUCUCAUUGAAGUCAGCGGUAAAUUUCCUGUUGGUUUCAGUGGUGCAGAAUCCUGCCCCAGAUUUGGUAGACAGGAACAGCAGUCAGUGCUGUGGGACCUUGUCGAGCUGAGCCCCUCUUAUCCAAAAUCCUACAUUAUCUAAAACUGGAGUGGGCCCCUGGACAUGCAGUGUUUUUCAUUUAGGGCCUUAUUCAUAUUCAUACUAAGGUCUCUUUACAUCUCUCUGGCAGUGUAAAGGGGGGUUAAUGGGGCUGUUAAUGCAAUUUAUGCCCACUAUAAGACCCAUUUGUGUUGCCAGACUGGUGUAAAGGGACCUUAAUUUAAGUCAUCAUAAGGCCCUAAAAGCCUUAAGUUAUCUAAAAACUUCAUCUUCCAAAUAAAUUCUGAUCUCAGUUGCACCUCUGUAAAUAUAUGAAGGAACUCGAUUUUGAGUCAGUGGAGUUACACCAUAUUUACGCUGGUUUAACUCAGAAUUUGGCCGAUGGUGCUUUCCUGUAUAUGCUGCUGCAUAUAAAAUGAAGCUCAAGCGGCCCCUAUUUGCAUUCUUUUCUAACAUCAUACUGAAGUUUCCGAUUUUGAUUUAAUUGCUUAUAACAAUAAUCAGAAUAUGGCAUGGUCCAAAUUUGUCUUGCAAAAAUAAAAUGUUUUCCUUCUGCAAAAUGAAGAGGAGUGACAUACGUAAAGGUGAAUCCAUUGCAAGAUUUUUGGUCAAUUUUCUGCCACUGUCCAGUGUGUCUACAGUACCUCCAUGCUGUAUGCUAAUAGUAUCACAUUUAGCUGUGGCUUUACAAUAGUUUCCAUUUCAUUUUAGACUGAAAAUUAGAUUUGUCUUAAUGUUGCUGGUAUUCCACAAGAAUUGGAUCAUUUUAUUAUUUCUCUAUUCGGACUAGGACCUUAAGAAAAGGAACAGAAGAAGUUAAAAGUAAAAUGUUUCUUUCUGCUAGAAGUUGAGGAGAUGGAAAGCUUUUGUUUCUCAAGAACUGUGGCUGGGGAUCUGACAGGUAUUUGUGGGGAGCAGAGAGCAGAGAUUUUUACUGUGCAGGUGGGAGUGAGGUAUGAUAAGAAAGCAUGGCUGGUUAUUUUCCAAGGGGCCAUCUCAUCAAACCAUUAGUGGUUCACUCAUUGCAUGUGGUCUCUAUCUCGGAGACUUGCCCAUGAGUUAUGCUUCUCUUAGCUUUAUUUGUUUAAGUGGCACCACUGUGAUUUGUUAACUUUUUUUUUCCCCUGGACUCCCUCCUUCUGGUCUUUGCUUGCAGCCUCCAUUGUUGAAUUGUUACCUCCAGAGUCACAGUUCUCAUCUGUGACACCAACACCAAUGUUUUUUUCAGGAAAAUAUAAAACUAACCCAGCUAACACCAGUAGCCUGCAGGAGACUGGUGACUGUAGGCUGCCAGGGAACUUUCUGAGACUGAAUGUCAGUUCUGCAGUAUCAGUACCACACACUGCUGAUUUUGCAUUUGACUUUUUAUUCCUAAAGCAGCUUAGAUUUCCCACUGGAUCACCUCCUGAAAGACAAACUGGAUAUUGGCCCUGCAGCACAGCUAGUGAGGAGGCAGGUGAAAGGGAAAAUACUGACUGUGGCGAAAUGAAACUCACUUUCCCCGAUUAUGCUUUAGUUAUUUCUGGGCAGGUAAUGUCUCUUCUGCAUUGGCCACUAUCAUGCAGGUGCCAUCAAACUAGUUGGUUCAGAAAAGCUUUAUUAUUUCACCUUCUAGUUUGUCUGUUAGUAUAGUGGACUGAAAUUUAAAAAAAAACAAUAGUAGACACUGAUUCGCUGUUGAUAAGGAUUAAAUGAUAAUGUAAUGUGUAUUCUGUGGGGAAAAUGAUUUUUAGGUUGUUCUGAAAACAGAAAUUAAAUGGGGACUUUAACAUUGAUGCCAGCUUGAAAAAAAAGGAGGUAUAUCUUCUGAUCCAUGUAUUUCCUGGGUUUGCUUUGCUAUUGUUGACAACAGUUGUAUCUAUAACAAACAUCUCUCCUUCACAGCCCUGGUUUAUUUUCCCCUUUUCUGCCUGAUCCUUCUUUGACAACAGAAUUCCAUGUUUAUGACAUAACAGUUAGUUGCCAUGGUGGUCAUUGUAAUGUCACAAAUGAAGCAUUAGGAGACAAAUCUGGACAUCACCACGAGAAGGGCCAUACAAGUACCUUGGUAGAAAAAAUCUUGGUACUCGAGGGCAGGGCUUGCCCUGGGAAUCUCAGCGCGGGGGUGAAACUCAUGGCGAAAGGAGUUUUACCCUUGCAAAUUGACAGCGUGCCAUUGGAUCAGUUUCAUCAUUGCCAUGCCAGCCACAGACCAUGUGACUGGUGUAUUCCUCCUCCAUAGAAGAGAGUUGUAGAUGCGUUUUCAUGGUUAUAGACCAAUGGCUUAGCCUGACUUCUCCCCUAACCCACCCAUGCCUACCAAAGCCUUUGUAAACUAUAGUGCAGGGUUGUGUGAUGCAGAAGGGGUAUCGUAUACUGCAGAAUCACAGCCUUUCCAGUGAAUCAGGACCCUCCGUGCCUGCAGGGAGGGUGUGAGGGGGUGUGGACAGAAGGUAUCCUGCAUUGCAGGCUCAAGCAGGAUGAGCAGAUAAGCCAUGAAGAAACAAGCGCCUGGUCGAGCCCAAAUAGCUUUAGUCAUUAGCAAGCAGUGAGAACAUUCUGAACAGAAGUGAAUGUGGAAGUGGAUCUAUAUUUUUCAGAUUCAGUGAAACUUGUGCUAAAGUUUCCAACCCCACUAACCAACAACUUCUUGUCUUGAGCAGAGUUGGGCAAAUACUGCAAAACAUUGGAUUGAAUUUACAAACAGAAUUUAGACUUCUGUGUUUGUUCUCUGCAGAUAUUCCAGGGAACCAAUUUACUGGGUAGACUGUUUGCAGAGAGAGACUCUGGAACCCCCAGUUCAACAAGGUACAGAAACACAUGCCUAACUUUAAACAUUUUUGAUUCCCAUUUGACUUUAAUGGGAUUCAUCACAUGCUUACGGUUAGGCAUAUGCAUAAGUACCUUCUGAAUCAGGGAUUCUGCAGUUGUUUCUGCAGAUAUAUCAGUUCAAUGGCACUAUUCGUGAUCUUCACGUUGCGCACAUGCUUAAGUACCUUGCUGAAUCGAGCUUAAAUAAAUACCAGAGAAUAUUCAUGGGAAGGGACUUUUGCAUUCAUUAUCAUGACCAUUUGAACCAGAAACCUGAUUCUAAGAAUUAUGCUUAUCCACUCAAAGAACAGAAACCCCUCAUGUGACUUGUGCGUCUAAUCAAAACAGCAUCAAAAUCAAAUGCAACAGAAUGCUCACUAAUACAAAGUAGUAUCCAGCCAGUAAUUUCAAGUAACAGAUAUAUGAGGGAAUUGCAAUCUGCUCUUAGACAUUUGGUGAAAAAAAAUUCAUUUGGUAAAUUAUUCAAUAGAAGAUUAUUCACCCAGCAGUAGUUUUAUGUGAUCCUGAAAAUUAUCCCAAAUUUCCAGCACAGUUACAUCUUACCCUUAGAUUCAUGUCUACUAGACAAUUUCUUUAGUGUGUGUGCAAUAUCCCCUUUGUGUGAUUACUUAUUUUAUACAGAUUUCACAGAUAUUUAAAAGUUUGCCCCAAGACAUAAAUUCCUAUUCUGGCUUCACUUAGGAUUAUAUCCAUAUAAACUACAUAUGUAAUUAAGUGUAUGAGCUUCUUAAUCUCAGAUGCUAUUUUUCAGGACCCCACCUAACAAAACAGCUGAUCAGUGCAUUGAUCUUUGGUUUCUAUUAGCGAAUAGCACAGUCAGAUUCACGGUGCCUACAUUUUUCCAUGGUAGAGAGGGAAAACAGGGCAUAUGUGCUCUGAGUGUCAUGAAAAUCAAUGCUAAACUCACAAUGACAUGAAAAUGUCCAAUUAAUGCAUGAUACUGCACGGCAUGUAUUCAAUUGUACUAUUUCUACAUUUCCCAAGCCUUUGCUGUAAACACAUUCUGGACCCAGUCCUCUAGGGUUUCUUUUAAGUUUGGUUUUGAAAUGACUAUAUGUAUCUGUGUAACCUGAAAUACAUUGUUACCUAGUGCAAACUGCAAAAGCUGAUGUUUUGUGAACAAAACACUGCAAAACUUGAGAAUGUAUUUUGUCCUUUUACUAAAUGCUGUGCAGUUUUUAAGGGAAGAUCACUAUCUAGAGGGGCUUCAUUCUAUGCACCCGUCAGUUACACCUGUCUUGGUGCAGGGAAAUCAAACUGUUGUGGUUUUUUUUCCACAUAUGCUUAAAAAAAUAAUCUACAACUAAAAUCCCUUGUACUAGAUCUACUGCACAGUGAGGGCUGCGAAGCAAACAUGUUAGUUAUAUCUAUGUCUCUGUGCUUUAAGAUAACAGAAAAACUUAGACUGGAAUGUAGGCUCAGUCAAUUCAUAUUUUUCCCCUUUUCCUGAGAAGCGCUUGGAAUUUGGCUUUUGCAGAUCAGUUGCAAAAUGCUCUGUUGGUGUGGACCGAGCCAGUUGCUGACUAUCUUAAAGUCGUGUUGUUCCCAAAGCAUCAAGUGUCAGAACUAUUUUUUUUUUAGUUGCAUUUAACCCAUUGCGCUCCAUGCGUUCAAGCCUGUAUUUAUCAACAAAAGACUUCAGCUCUAUUUUCUGUACUACCUGGAAAUGAUUCUCGUCUUCUCUUCUGCUGAUCAGUCUCUGCAAAUCAUUUGACUCAUGAUUUCCUUUUCUGAGGCUGGACAAGAUAGGAGGUCACACACAGCUCUCAGUAAUGGUGCUGGAACCCCACUCAACUAAUCAGCUGAUAGCAUAAUUUGCCUGAUUGCUCAGUGUUUGCUGUUUAUAUUACAGAAGAGUCGGACAUUACUGAAAGCUCAAAAUCCACAAAGGGAGCCAGCUGAGAGCUAUGAAAUUGCUUGUCCAUGGGAAGAUGGGUUCAGUCAUUCCUUCACAAUCAAUUUUCCUGGAAGCAGCAGGGGGAUUGGCAGGGGAAUUUCAGCAAAAGUAAGGCCAGGGUGAUGUAGGGAGUGAGUUUAAAACCUUCUAGCUAUUUUGGGAGUCCCGGGUGGGACUUUCUCCUACCCUUGCAACCCUGCACAGGGGCUGACUAGAAUCCCACUGGAAAGCAUAAUCCCUCCCUCCUCCAUGCUUUUGCAUCACAAGGAUGAAGCAGGAGUUGCUCUUCCUGCUGGCUGAAAGGGUACAGGGAGAGGUGAACAGGAACAGUUAUGCUAUGGCCCUGCCCUCCGCAGUAGCCCACAAAGCAGUGGGCAGCGUGCUGGGCCUUCUGCAAAGUCUCAAUUCAGCAAAGAACUCCAAGCACAUCAGUCUCCCUGGAGUCAACAGAAUUUGUGUGCCCUAAAGGUAAGCAUGUGCUUUCGUGCUUUGUGGAAUCAGGGCCCAAGGGAGACAGAGGUGCUGCUGGGCUGUGCACACAGAGGAAGUUCUCAGUCAGAAUCCCUCCCCCAUCACCCUCUACACCUACCAAGCACAGCCUGGGGUCACAACGGCUGAAUCUUGCCCUAGGUGAGAAAGCCAGGUCAGUAUUUACCACCUCUUUAUUCAUACCCAGCUUCUGCAGCCCUGGUAUCCCACUUACUUGAGUAGAACAUUGAACCAGUUAUCAUAAUGGUCCCUUCUGACCUUAAUAUCUAUGAAUUAGCUCAGAGUGAGUUACUAGGUGACUCAUGUUUCUGCUCAUCCAGGUCAGUGACAUUUCUCUCUGAGUCUUUGCUUCUGGGUGGGAAGAAGCAUUUCUGCAUUUUAUUUAUUUUUAACAUUUGGCUUGGGACAAAAAAAGGCCCAGCCUGCCCAAAGGGAAAUUUGGGGAGGAUUCCCGAAAUAGCACUCAACUGCAAAACAUCUCUUGAUUUAUUUUUACAAAGAUGCGAGCAUGUUUUAUUAACAAAAAGAAAAAAAAGCUUACAACUUUAAUCCAGGAAUGUCAGUGUGCCUAAUAUUACAGGUCUUGUGAUUGAUACAAUUUCAUAACAACAUCCUUGUCCAAAUGAAGGGAAAUAGUGUAUUUACUCCAUGCAUGUACUAAGGCAUUGCAAAAAGUUUAACCUGCGUAAUGGGUUUGCGAACCUGCAAAUUGUUAAUGGGGCUACGUCGCAAAUGAUUCUCUGCCUUGACAAUCAUGUAUACAUAUCAAGAUUUCUAUCAUAAUGAUAAGUGAAAGGGAUGAUUAAUUGUUUUCCUCCAAUAAAUCCAAUUAAAUCAUUA